GCUCUGUACUUGCAGAUUUCUCCAAACCAGUACAUGAUUUUUUUCUCUCUUUCUAAACCCAUCAUGAUUUUCUCUCUCUAAACCUCUGAUUUAAAAAAAAAUUUUUUUUUUUUGCUCCUUAACUUUUCUCUGUAUAACUAUUUUGAACUAUUUUCUCUUCCCUUCAGUUUUAGGCUUUAAGCGUAUGUUUUUUUUUUCUUUUUAAAUCUCCAUAUUUCAUGUUAAAACUGCUGUUGGUUGAUUGAGUUCUGUGAUUUUCUGGCUCCAAAUUCCCAGUUUCUCUCUCUAGAAUUUGGAUUCAAUAACCGAUAGAUCAUUUGCUCCCGCUCGUAUCCUACCUCGUUCAAUUUUUAUUUUUUUCUUUUAUCCUUUUCCCUCUAGAAAUGCCCGCGAAACUUGGGUCGUUCAGACACACUUUUGCAGAGAAGAGGGAGAGAGACAGAUUGUUAUCAUGCAAGGGGUAUUCAGAGCUAGGGUUCGUCCAUUUAGAGGAAAAUGAAGAUGCAACACCCAGGUGGUGUUCUUUCCGAUCGAUUCGCGACAAAUUUGCGAAUUGGUGGAAGACCACGAAAGAUGUUGCCGCCAAAGGAUGGGAAAUGGGUCUGUCCGAUCCUCGGAAAAUUGUCUUUUCUGCGAAAAUGGGUCUGGCUUUGAUGCUUAUAACGUUGUUGAUUUUCUUGAAAGAGCCCGUGAAGGAUCUGGGUCGGUACUCUGUUUGGGCCAUUCUUACUGUUGUGGUCGUCUUUGAAUUCAGUAUAGGAGCGACCCUAAGCAAAGGAUUUAACCGUGGGUUGGGAACGUUCUCUGCGGGAGGCCUUGCUCUAGCCAUGGCUGAGUUGUCUACAUUGGCUGGAAACUGGGAAGAAGUUGUCAUUAUUAUCAGUAUUUUUAUCAUAGGAUUUUGUGCAACUUAUGCAAAGCUGUACCCAACAAUGAAGGCAUAUGAAUAUGGGUUCCGAGUUUUCACGUUGACAUAUUGUUUCAUAAUGGUAUCUGGGUAUAGGACAAGAGAAUUUAUCGAAACAGCCAUUACUCGAUUCUUGCUCAUUGCCUUGGGUGCUGGGGUAUGUUUGCUUGUAAAUAUAUGCAUCUAUCCCAUCUGGGCUGGUGAGGAUCUGCACAACUUGGUAGCGAAGAAUUUCAUGGGUGUUGCUAAUUCCCUGGAAGGUUGUGUCAAUGGGUACCUCAAUUGUGUUGAAUAUGAGAGGGUUCCUUCCAAGAUCCUUACUUACCAAGCUUCAGACGAUCCACUUUAUGCGGGGUAUAGAUCAGCUGUUGAAUCUACAAGUAAAGAGGAAGCUUUGGUGAGCUUUGCCAUCUGGGAGCCACCUCAUGGUCCUUACAAAAUGCUUAAAUAUCCUUGGAAGAAUUACAUCAAACUAAGCGGGGCACUGAGGCAUUGUGCAUUCAUGGUUAUGGCAUUGCAUGGAUGCAUACUUUCAGAAAUACAGGCGUCAGCUGAACGAAGGCAGGUCUUUAGGAAUGAGCUUCAGAGGUUAGGUAAUGAAGGUGCUAAAGUGUUACGGGAGCUAGGAAGCAAAGUUAAAAGGUUGGAGAAAUUAGGACCAGUGGACAUUCUCUAUGAAGUUCAUGAGGCAGCAGAAGCAUUGCAGAAGAAGGUAGACCAGAAAUCAUAUCUUCUUGUCAAUUCAGAAAACUGGGAAAUUGGAAAACGGCCAAAGGAGGUGAUAGAUCAGCAAGAGAUUCUCAACAUGGAAAAUGAAGAAAACAAAUUUCUUGAAUUCAAGUCCCUCAGUGAAGCUGUGCUUGAUCUCAGAUCACUUCCAGGGGCACGAGGUUGGGAUUUCCAGAUCCCUGACAUGGGUGGCUACUCACCACUGCCUGAUGGUGUUCUCCCAGAGAAGCCAGCCAAUUCACAGGUUCCCCGGUCUUCCUUUUUAUCAUCUGAUGCUAAGGCUGAGCCUAAGGAAGAAGAAUCAAAAACAUAUGAAAAUGCUAGUGCAUUGUCUUUAGCAACGUUUACAUCACUUUUGAUUGAAUUUGUUGCGAGGCUUCAAAAUAUUGUUGAUUCAUUUGAAGAAUUAAGUGAGAAAGCAAAUUUUAAGGAUCCUGCUGAUCAAACAGCCGUGCCUACAGCAGUGGAGUAUGUUGGGUUUGGAACAAGAUUGCGCAGGUGGCUGAAGUUGUAGAAUUGAGAGAUGGGCAACUCAGUUGUUAAAGAUCAUCUCUAGCUUGAAAGAUCAAUAACCCAGAAAGCAACCGUGUACUUGGAGCCAAAAUUCCAGAAUUACAGUCUGUAUCCUAGAUCUCAACAAAUUGGAGUUCACAACUGACAUCUCUGCAGUACAGAAUUCCAGCCGGAGCUGAUUCUACAACUGUCUGAAAGGGAGGCCCUGAAGUUGUAUGAUGAACCUUGGUUCAUCCAGGGCAAGGCAAAUCAGAAACUUCACAAGCCAUAAGGAGCUCAGAGCAUGUCUCGAAAGACAACAAUCGGCAUGCCUGAAUGGAAAGUGUAAAUAACUAACAAAUGAACAAGAACUGAUGGGUUCAACUAAGACUAUUGCCAAGGGAUGUCAUGACAUGUUUGACAUGGAAAUGCAAAUUUCCUUGUCUGCAGGUAUGCCAUUAUUGACUGCCUUGGAAGUGUUAGAUGAAGCCAGAGAAAGCAGUGAUGGUGCUUCUCUUUUAAAACUGCAAAUAUGCGGGUUUAAUAUGCCAAAGGACCCCUUCAACGUCUCAAGGUUAUUUUCCUUGUUUUCUGUCUUGAACUUAAUAAAUUUGUAGGUUCUAUCAUCCAAGGUUAUUAUCCUUGAAUAACCUCUUUAAGUUUAGCUUUA